AGAAUGAUGGUAGUGGUGUCAAUUGUUUUUUAUGCCCCCCCCCCAUGCUUUGCACAUGUCGGUCUGUCAGUCGGUCCGUCCACCAGGUGGUUUCCAGAUGAUAACUCAAGAACGCUAGGAUCAUGAAACUUUAUAGGUACAUUGAUCAUGACUCGCAGAUGACCCCUAUUGAUUUUGAGGUCACAAGGUCAAAGGUCAAGGUCACGGUGACCCGAAAUAGUAAAAUGGUUUCUGGAUGAUAACCCAAGAACGUUUAUGACUAGGAUCAUGAAACUUCAUAGGUACAUUGAUCUUGACUUGCAGAUGACCGCUAUAGAUUUUCAGGUCACUAGGUCAAAGGUCAAGGUCACAGUGACCCGAAAUAGUAAAAUGGUUUCUGGAUGAUAACUCAAGAACACUUAUGCCUAGGAUCAUGAAACUUCAUAGGUACAUUGAUCAUGACUCGCAGAUGACCCCUAAUUAUUUUCAGGUCACUAUAUCAAAGGUCAGGGUCACGGUGACCUGAAAUAGUAAAAUGGUUUCCGGAUGAUAACUAAAGAACGCUUAGGCCUAGGAUCAUGAAACUUGAUAGGUAGAUUGAUCAUGACUCGCAGAUGACCCCUAUUGAUUUCAGGUCACUAGGUCAAAGGUCAAGGUCACGGUGAACCGAAAUAGUAAAAUGGUUUCCGGAUGAUAACUCAAGAACGCUUAUGACUAGGAUCAUGAAACUUCAUAGGUACAUUGAUCAUGACUGGCAGAUGACCCCUAUUGAUUUUCAGGUAACUAGGUCAAAGGUCAAGGUCACAGUGACAAAAACAUACUCACACAAUGGCUGUCACUACAACGAAGAGCCCAUAUUGGGGGCAUGCAUGUUUUACAAACAGCCCUUGUUUUAAUUUUGAUAUCCUACUUUGCAGGUAAAGAACUCUUCAAAUAUGUACCAGGGGUGCUUAAUGGGGUUAAAGUGGUUCGGAUUGGAGAGACGGCUGAUCUCUUGAAGGAAUUCCAUGCCAGUGGUAUAGGGGGCCACAGUGGUUUCAAUAAAACAAAUGAGACGAUGAAGAUAAGGUUCUGGUGGCCCAAGAUGACACAUGAUAUCAGGGAAUAUGUGAAGAUGUGUGUACAAUGCCAAAAGUCUGAUCCACUGAAGCCACCAAAGAAACCUGAACUGAAAUCAAUCCAUGUCCAGCAACCAUUUGAAUUAGUUGGCUGUGAUUUAAUGGGUCCCUUCACAGAGACACCAGCUGGGAACAGGUACAUAUUUACAGCGACUGAUUACUAUACCAAAUGGGUGGAAGCCUUUGCAAUUCCAAACAAAACUGCUGUUGAGGUGUCAAAAUGUGUCCAAAAAAUGAUAUAUCGGCAUGGAGCGAUGAAUGCGAUCUUAACAGAUCAAGGAAGAGAAUUCGUGAAUCAGAUUAAUCAAGAAUUGUGCGAAAAUUGGGACAUCAACCAUAAACUCACUGCUGCCUAUCAUCCACAGACCAAUGGCUGUGAUGAAAGAACAAAUCAAACAAUUAAAAGGGCACUAAGUAAACUGGUUAGUGAGGAGCAAAACAACUGGGAUGAUCGUCUCGAGGAAGUGCUCUUUGCAAUCCGGACAAAAAAGCAGUCAUCCACAAAGUUUUCCCCAUUCUUCCUGCUAUAUGGACGGGAGGCAGUUUUUCCUAGUCAGCUACCAAAAAUCAACGUUGAUAAGAUAAUUGGAGCAUUGCCAAGUGAGAAAUUUCUUGAAGAAAAUGUUGAAAAGAGACAAAAUACAGGCCUGCAGAUAUCAGCUGAAGUCGAAAAAAAUUGUGAAGAGGCCAGAAGAAAACAACAAAGGGACUUCAAGAAAUCAAAUUUAAAGAAAAGACCCUACACAGCUGUAAAUAUAGGAGACAAAGUGUUGAAAUUCAAUGCAUCCAGGGCAGGACGCAAGGCAAAAGGGGACCUUGGAACCAAUUAUACAGGGCCAUUCGUAGUUGAUGAUAUUGUUGGCGGGGUUGUAAAACUUAAGACAUUGAAUGGUGCCAUUCUGAAAACAUCAGUUGCCUUAAAUAAUAUCAAACCUUUUCUUGACGAAUCUGUCAAUGAAGACAUUAAUGUAACUACACAUUCUGUCAACACGGCUACCUCUCAAGUGAAAACUACACCCCCUGUCAACACAGCUACCUCUCAAGUGAAAACUACACCUCCUGUCAACACGGCUCCCUCUCAAAUGAAAACUACACCCCCUGUCAACACGGCUACCUCUCAAGUGAUAACUACACCUCCUGUCAACACGGCUACCUCUCAAAUGAAAACUACACCCCCUGUCAACACGGCUCCCUCUCAAAUGAAAACUACAACCCCUGUCAACACGGCUACCUCUCAAAUGAAAACUACACCACCUGUCAACACGGCUACCUCUCAAAUGAAAACUACACCCCCUGUCAACACGGCUACCUCUCAAGUGAUAACUACACCUCCUGUCAACACGGCUACCUCUCAAAUGAAAACUACACCCCCUGUCAACAUGGCUACCUCUCAAAUGAAAACUACACCACCUGUCAACACGGCUCCUUCUCAAGUGAAAACUACACCCCCUGUCAACACGGCUACCUCUCAAGCGAAAACUACACCCCCUGUCAACACGGCUACCUCUCAAGUGAAAACUACAACUCCUGUAAACACGGCUACCUCUCAAGUGAAAACUACAACUCCUGUAAACACGGCUGCAAAAAAAGAAGAGGCAAUUCAUUUCUUGAAGAUGCCAUCUGACCCUAUACCACUUGCCAAAGGAGAAAGAUUGACAGUGUGUGGUGAAGGGGUUGAAGAGACAAAUCUCCAAACUCUGGAAGGCAACAACUGGGUAGAUGAUCAGAUAGUCAAUGCAUAUCUGAAACUAUUGUCAAGACAGUCGACAGACAGUUGGUGUCCUGGAGAAAAGAGAAUGUUUUCAUUCCCAUCGUAUGCUGCCACUCAAUGGAAGGCUGGGAAUUUUACGACAUACAGAUUUUCCAAGGUGGACUUUACCAUGUACGACUUGAUUAUGGUGCCCAGGUGCAAUAAUAGCCAUUGGGUUUUGCUGGUGGCCCAGCCAAAAACCAAAACUGUUAAUGUUUAUGACUCGCUGGGUGGUGACAACAAGGUUUUCUAUGAGCUUUUCAGAAAGUUCAUGAGCGUCCGGUCCAAUUAUAUGUCUGAUGGAAUGGAUCAGUGGCAUUUUUCAUCAACAGCGCAGAACAGACAAACUGAUGGAACAAGCUGUGGCAUCUUUACUUUGAUGAAGGCUGAAUGUCUUGUGAACAAUCUCCCAGCACUGACACUGGGACAGUCUCACGUAGCAUUUUUCCGGAACUAUGUUCGGGGACGUCUGUUGGCCUCUGGGGACAGGCACACAUAUUUAUGUAAUGCCCUGCAGUGUAUUGACCCCAGAGGACAACUUAAGUGGCUAAACUGUGAUGUGUGUGGGCGUUGGGUGCAUGAGAAGUGCAUUGGAACUGGUUUGGACACUGAAGGCUUUCGAUGUGACAUUUGCAAUAUCCAGUACAGUUGAUAAGAUACUGAUUACAGUUAAUACUUCGAAAGAGGCAUUUAUAUAUGAUGGUUUUACAAUCAUAAGUAAGAAUUUGAAAGUGUGUUAAACUUCAUGACUUCAUAAUAAGUUUCAAACUGCUAGUUAUGCAGCAAUGGCGUGUACAUAUUUUAUUUUAUUGUUUUAUUGUGUGUGCUACAGUUUUUAUAUCAAAGUAUAACAGUCUACAGUGUUUCAUUAUUUUCUUGAACGAAGUUACCGUUACAGCAAGUUGUAACUUAUGAUGUUAUAUUGUUCCAUUGUUAUAUCUAUGUAGAUAUGAUUAUAAGUUGUUUUUGAACUGUUAAUGAUAAUCCGUUUAGAACUACUUAUUGUAAGUCAUCAGUGAAACAUGUGAGUUUUGUAGUGAAGCAAUCAUGAACUUAUAUUUUAAGGGUAAAAUACACAUUGUUGCAUAGUUAUUGCCUGUACAUCAUAUCAUUCAACAAACAGAUGGUUACCGGUAGACCUUAAAGUCUCUGUUUUCUGGUUAAUAAACAACAGUUCAAUAAUUAAAAAAGAAAAAUACUCAAUCACUUUUUGUCUUUAUAUUAAACCCAGACAUUUGAUACUAUUAAUAGAAUGUAUUCCUUGAAAAUAUUGCAACAAGAAUCGUUUGAAUGAUUUAUAAAAUAUUUUCCAAAAAAAGUAUCAAAUUGUAGUGAGAAAUUAAGCUCUGUUUAAAUGUUGCUGUUUGGUGUUUAUGUAAAUAUAUGUUACAACAGGGAAUCAUUAGUUCCAUAUAUUUGGUUGCUGUCUGAUAGUACUCUGCCUCUUUUUGUAUUGAAGACAAUACUUUUAAGAGACAUAAUAUUGUUUUAUGUUCAGCCUUAUUAUUUGAAUGCAUUUUUUUCCACAAGUACCACGCUAUUUUACAGGAAAAGUAUACUUAAAAAUACUCACCAUCUGAUUUGGUUAGUCAUGCCUCUACAUCAUAACUUGACUGUUGUGUUCACAACAAACUUUUUGUUGUUGCUAUUUUCUUAGAAUAUCUAUUAUUAUUUGUUUUAUGAAACAUGUAUUUUUCUGAGGAGACAGUGUAUUAUUUAAAUAAUUAUUCAUUGUUUCAAUAUAUAAAUUUCUACUACCUUAUAAUACUGUUUAACACAAUUUGCAGUUAAACUAGGCUGAUAUCAGUGAGGAAUUUAUCUGUAUUUUAAAUAGCAUCUUAAGUUUUAUAUUUCAUUUAAUUUACAUAUUUUAUUAUAUUUUGGUUAGAACAAUCAAUGAUUACUUAGUUAUAAUACCUGACAUAUAAUAUACACUGUAUUGAUGAUCAAUCAACUUGUGAAAGCAAAAGAUAAAGAAAAAAAAUCAUCUAUAACACACAUGUUCUUAUAAUUUACAUGUACUUACCAAAUGUUCAAUAAUUUGCUUUCAUUGCAUUUUGUUAUUCUAAACCUCUGUUAAUGAUCCCAAUAAAUACAGUGUUUGUUUUUUUCAGAAUGACUGACCAUUCAAAAUGUAUGCUGUAUUUUUAUUACAAUUGUUAUUUUCCUUCAUAUCCAAAGAUGCUUAAAAAUUUACACAAAGCAGUUGUUUAUUUAUUGCAAAAAAGAAGUUCCAUUUUCUUCUGCUAAUUAUAUUA